AUGGAUGUCGACAAGAACACCUGUAGCAACCACCCACAAAAGCCAUCAGGCGAGCUCCAUUACGAAGCCCCGAUGACUGCAACGAUCAACCACGACACUACGCAAAGCCAUAUUGACUUUCCCACUAACCAAAAGGCUUUCGACGCGGAAGCUUCCAUCAACGCAAAACCAAAGACAGACGGAAAAGGAGAUCACCUUCAAAAAGGCAACACAAUGACCUCCGAUGGACAGCAUGAAGAGGACAAGAAAGCACAGAACACCUCUCUGACCGCUGUCAACCACACCGGACAUCCAACCGCUCCUUCCUCUUUGCGCGACACGUCAAUCUCCGCCGAGGAUGCCCAAAAAGAAAUUUACCGGCUUGCCUCACUUCACGGCCUCGAUCUGUCAGUCCUGGCCAAGAAACGGGUGGAAUUGCUUGACCAACACACCGCGGAGAUAGUCACCCCUUCCAAGAACAUAUCACUCUUUUACUUGCCAACUCAGAUUCGACUCAAGAUUUACCGACUUUUACUCGUAAACCCAGCUCUUGGAAAGGCGCCUGUUGUUGACUACAAAGGUCCUUCGACUAAUUUUCACGAGUGGGAGUGGCCAUGGAGGCGGACUAAGUACGGACUGGCCCCCUUUAUCCUCCGAGUCUCGAAAAGGGUUUAUGGAGAAGCUCUCGGUUGCUUAUACUCUGAAAAUAAGUUCUAUGUGGAUUUCAACGAGAGGCCGGUUUAUUCACCUCUGAGUAGAUUCUUGGGAGAAAAGUCUCGCGCAUCUAAAUUUUCUUUUCAGAAUCUCCCAGCAACAAUUAAAGUUCAACACUGGCAUAUUUGUGUCGCCAUUAAGGGUCAUAGCUCGUCUUAUUUGGGGAGCGCUAAACUGAACGAGAAUUUCCUUGAAGAUUUUAGUCAGUCCGUAGCUCGAGCUUCUCCUAGGUCAAUUGUUGUCGUUGUUAGAGACGCCUCCGACCGAGAGACCUGGAGUACUGAAAUACCUAUAGAUUGGCCCAGGUAUAGGAAAUUUGAAGUUGACUUCCAAAAUUUCCACUGCCAAAAUCAAUUUCAAAGACUACUGAAUCCUCUUAGGGCACUUAGUGGAAUUGAACAGGUCUCAAUCCAAAUCAAGUACAGCCACAAUGCCGAUCCUUACAAAUAUCCUGCCGAAAAUACACAUUUCAUCGGUCAAUUAACUAAUUCCAUGACACGAAAAACGACAGAAGUACAAGAGUUAGCAUUUGAGAUGUUCGGGCCAUUGCUGAGGUAUAUUCGUGCUUUCCGGAUAGGGCAUAACUUCUAGAUGUACGACAUGAAUUCAACCGCAACGCCCACACAGCUACAUGAUGAUUCGGAAAUUUAUUCCAUCAUGCGGGUUUUGCCACUAGAAAGGACCAUGAGAACAGUGUCGUGUGCACUCGUAGGGAACCAACUUGCAGAGUUCAAACGCCAACGAGCUCUGGUACUUCAAGAUAUGGAGGCACACUACAGAGAAGUCACAGCGACUUGGUCAAUUGUCAAGACAAUUCUGAAUUAUCACAAGGAAGGUUAUUCAUGGAUCUUGAACUCUGAUGAGGAGGUCCCCGAAUACGAAGGGAUAACCCGAAGAUGCACAGAUCAUGUGUAUGAAGCUGUUGUUGGAUCCGUUGAGGAGUGCAUAAAUGCUUGGACGAGGAGAUUCCCAUCACAAACUGUUGAGGAAUUGAAGAAUGUCAAAGUUUACGAGGGAGCAAAGGAAAACCGAAUUUUUCGCAAGUUGAAGCUUGUCCUUAAAGAGUGUGAAGCUCCUUUCGAGCGGGAUGAAGUUCUUAGAGAUACACUUCCAGUUGUGAUCGAACUUCUACAAACUUGGUUCACGGAGUUGCGAACUGCAAGAGAGGCUUUGUUUGAGUUUGACCAUUCAGAGCAGCCUGGUUGUGAUACAGAACUCCAGAUCGAGGGACUUGAUGAGAUUCUUUCUGGGAAGUUUUGCAAUUGUGAAAGCUAUAGCCAUCUAUACUGGCCGAACAUACCAAGGGAUGAGGGUAUGGAAGAAAACAUUAUAUCGUAG